GCCUUCCUCGAAACGAAGCCUCUCCAUUAGAAAAGAAAGAAAAAAAAACCCUAAUCUGAAACUUUUUUCUCCUCUCCUCUCAAUCCAUUUUCUUUUUCUUUUCAUCGAAACUCCCUUAUCAAACCCUAAUAAUGUCGGUCAUCAUCUGAAGCUCCUCUCAUCUCCUUGAUCUUUUGCCCCUUCAUCGCUUUCCUUAUCUCUCCUCUUACGUAUCUCUGCAUUCUCCAUAGAAAUUUCCAUCAAGUUUCUCGUGUUCUUGCACAUAAAUACCAGGUUUCUCUCUGCGUUUUGAUUCGCAAGCUGAUUUACGGUCUUCUUCAGAUUUACUUUCUUUGGAAGAGGCUUGUUUAAUCUGCAUUUGAAUGGCUUCUCUUGAUAUGUCUCUUGAUGACAUGAUAAAGAACCGGCGGAGUAGCGAGAGAGGUAGAGGACGAGGAAGGGGCCAACGUGGUCGAGGGCCAAUAGGGUCAUUCAGUGGUGGAAGAAUGACAGGGCCACCUCGCAGAGGUCCACUAAGGGUGAAUACUCGGCCAUCAUCUUACGUCAUUGCCAAGUCUUUCCGCAGAACGAAGAAUUUUCCAUGGCAACGUGAUUUGUUUGAAGACAGCCUUAGAGCUGCAGGGUUAAAUGGAGUUGAAAAUGGUACAAAGUUAUACAUUUCGAACUUGGACAUUGGAGUGACCAAUGAAGAUAUAAAGGAACUUUUCUCUGAGAUUGGACAACUGAAACGAUAUACAGUUCAUUAUGACAAAAAUGGUCGCCCAAGUGGUUCAGCUGAAGUAGUAUUUGUCCGACGAAGUGAUGCGUUUCAAGCUCUUAAGCGGUAUAACAAUGUUCAAUUGGAUGGAAAGCCUAUGAGGAUUGAAAUAAUAGGCACCAACUCAGAGGUUGCUGUUUCAGCUCGUGUCAAUGUAGUUGGAGGUGUAAAUGGGAGGCGGACUGUUGUUAUGCCCGCAGGUCGUGGCAGAGGCUCUGCUGCAGUUAAUCGUCAAUCUGGUCAGAGGAGCCGAGGUGGUUUGUGGAAUGGCCGUGGACGUGCUCGUGGGCGAGGCCGUGGUGGUCGAGGGAUGAAGAAAGGCAUGGAUAAAUCAGUUGAUGAUCUUGACAAGGAACUGGAUAAUUACCAUGCUGAAUCUAUGCAAACAUGAAGAACUGUCCCAGCUCUGCAGAGACACUCCUAAAUGGUGGCUAUAAGUUGUAAUGUUAGCUGUACAAAAAUUUAAGAUGGUGACAACUUAAGUUGUUUCAUUUGCUUCUUUUGAUUUUUCUUUUUUUUUUGGUUGGAUCGAUGCUGUGUUUCCAUAUUAUGGUUAAUGAAGCCGUUAGAUAACUUGGAUUGCAUUGCAUUUUUAAGUGCUGGGUUGGCCCAUAUAUUUUUGGAA